AUGGCGUCUAGAUUCACCCACUCGACUCUCCACCAGCGAGAUCCACGGUCUUCCUCCUCGCUGUUCGAUUCAUAUAACGGUGGCAGUAGUAGGUCGCCCGCACAAGUCAGUAGUCGAUCGCCCUCGCGGCCCGGUGGAUAUGCACAGGGGUAUUCGAAUGGACAUAUAGGUGGUGUCGGUGGUGAUGGGUCCACGUACAGGACCGCCACACCGAAUUCAAAAGGCCAAUAUUCCGAUGCGGUGCUUUCCUCGCUUGAGUCGCAGAAUGACUCUGAGAUAGCUGGCAUCACCGCCAAGGUAAAGAUGUUGAAAGAUAUCACAGUAGCUAUAGGCGAAGAGAUAAGGGAAUCAAGCUCCCUCGCUGAAAAGAUGAAUGAUGCCUUCGAUUCCUCCCGGGUCAAGCUACGGGGUACUAUGAAUCGAAUGCUUAGGAUGGCUGAGCGAACGGGCGUAGGCUGGCGAGUCUGGCUGGGCUUUUUCGUCUUCGUCUUUUUCCUCUUCGCAUAUGUUUGGCUAUCAUAG